AUGCAAGCCCCCGCACGCCAAUUCUCCUCAGGAUCGCUUGAUAAUUUCGAGCCGGUGAUGGUGACGCCAGUUAUUGGGAAUGAAUUUGCGAAGGGAACGUGUAAUAUCGUGGAUGAUAUUCUCCGCGCGCCGGAUGCGGAGAGGCGGAUUCGUGAUCUUGCUAUCAUGAGUGACUUGCCCUUACCACCUGAUCAGAAAUUAAGAAAUGGAGCUAAUAGUACCGGUACAGUUGCCGAGCGUGGCGUCGCUUUUUUCCGCGCCCAGGACAACCUGACCAGCGACCUCCAAAAAGAACUCAUCCUGAAGAUGGGCGAACUGACCGGCCGACCCUCAAACCACGGUCUACACAUCCACCCCGUUACGAACGAUGCGCGCGAAUUCGGAGACCCAGACCCCGCAAUCAGCACGAUCAACUCGGAGGGCCGGAAGAAGCUCUACAAGGGAUCGGACUAUACCAAAAUGGCGGCGGUCUGGCACAGCGAUAUCUCCUUCGAGCCUGCACCGGCGGACUUUUCGUCUUUGCGAUUGACGCAGUUGCCCAAGACUGGUGGUGAUACUCUGUGGGCUUCGGGGUAUGAGGUUUAUGAUCGGAUCAGCAAGCCCUACCAGAAGUUCUUGGAGGGACUUACUGCGACGCAUGAUGGGGAGGGAUUUAGGAGGAUGGCGCAGUCGGGCAAAUUUCGGUUGUUUGAGAAGGAGAGGGGCGCGCCGGCUAACGUUGGGGGUGAUUUGUUCGCUGUGCAUCCUGUUGUUCGCACGAAUCCCAUCACCGGCUGGAAAUCUAUCUUCCCUAUCGGCUCAUUUCCCUCCGCCAUCAACGGCCUCAACCGAAGAGAAAGCGCAAAUAUGCUGCAGUGGUUCCAUGAUCUCAUCACAUACGGCCAUGAUCUGCAGGUCCGCUUCAAGUGGAACGAUCCGAAUGACAUCGCUAUCUGGGAUAACCGAAGCGUUUUUCACACGGCUACUGGUGACCAUGAAGGAUUUGGACCGCGCAGUGGCAACCGGGCUGUUGGAGUUGGAGAGGUCCCCUAUUUCGACCCGGAAAGCAAGUCGCGCCUCCACGCGCGCACGGAGCCUGGGAAGAGCACCAGCUCGGAGUGCCCGGCCGGGGCAGGGUUCCGCGAUCCUCAUGGCUAG